CAUAAUGAACACAUCUCGAUUCGUGGCAAAGCAUUCGCUAUUCCAAUGAAGAAUAUUGUUACAUAUUUCCGUGUAUGAAUUAUACACGUGUCUUUUUCAUAUACUAUACCGUAAAGUCUGUGUUUGAAUAUAUAACUCGCAGCUGGUGUAUAUACAUGCGGAAAGGCCAUGACAUAUAUCUGCAUAUGCAUUUAUAUAACCGGUAAAGUCCAUGGUACAUGUAUAACGUUCACAUGUGUGUCUACAGUUGCCCAGAUUCACGAUGCAUCAGACAGCUGGCCGAAGACGUCUCCCGAUCAUUCAUGGUUUGAUUUAUCGUGCAAACCUCCUUCAGGUCCUGGUGAUAUUUAUCAUUGGCUGGGUGAUACUUUGCGUAGUCGUUGAGUACCAAAUCUAUGAGCUUAAAGAAUGGGAUGGCGUUAUCAUGGUAGAGGAAGAUGAGCAUUUGGUUCAUAAACGGAAACAAUUUCCUUGUCACGUGUUAGGUACUUGUGAGUUGCAGGAUUAUGUACGAGAUGGUAGGCUUUCCCAGCCAGGUCAGAUAGGUGCAUCUCGGACAUCCUGGAGAAUACCACUGCUAUGGAAAGACGAUGGGACAACAUUCUACUCACAGGGGUGCUAUCGACAGGUGCAUAUAUGGGCCGAAGGUUACAGGCACGUAGGAAACUACUCCUGUCCAGGUCUUCCGUGUGGGAUUAGGUCGGUACAGGAUACUAGUUUCAAAACAAUGCAGGACAGUGAUGCAGUUCUCUUGUUCCAUCGGACGGAGUGGGACUGGGAUGAGAUGUAUUCCCAUAGACCUGAAAACCAGAAGUGGAUAUUCUAUUCACAUGAAAGUCCGUUAAACACUCGGACUGGAGCCAUUCCUCCUUUAGAUAGAUAUUCUAAUACAUAUGAUUACAUCAUGACUUACCGAAAGGACUUAUCACAGCUUUAUGGGACCUACGGUGUGUAUGACACAAGUGCUCCGAGUGCUGUUGCACUUGAAGGAAAGAACUGGGCUUCGGGUAAAACUAAUAAGGUGGUCUGGCUAGCCUCUAACUGUUUUAAUACAGAUAGUUUACAUUGGAUGCGAUAUGAUUUUGUAUCAGUGCUCUCAGAUCAUAUUCCAGUCAACAUCUAUGGUAAAUGUGGAGAUACUUCUGUCUGUACGCUAAUACCUAAUUCAGAUCUCUGUGCGGAGACCCUACGAAAGCACAAGUUCUACCUGGCCCUUGAGAAUUCACCUUGCAGACACUAUAUCUCAGAGAAACUCUGGAAUAAUGCUUACCUGAACGACUUGAUCCCGGUCGUGUUUGGACCACCUCGCAUAGAUUAUGAAGCUGUAGCCCCUCCCAAUUCUUUUAUACAUGUAGGGGAUUUCGCGUCCAUCAAAGAUCUAGCGCUUUACCUUCAUAAGUUAGACGAGAACGAUGAGCUGUAUAACCAAUACUUUGAGUGGAAAAAGCAAGGGUUUGUGGUUGCCACCAAAGAAGAUUGGCUGUUACAACCAAGACAGAUGUGCCAAAUAGUGGAUCGUCUUCUGGUUGAUGAGGAGGCCAGAGCUAAAGGGACCCAUGUCCCGAUGCAAUCACCAGAUUGGAAAACAUGGUGGCGAGGUUCAUGCGAGGAAGUUAGUCUUUCAAUUGACGCAGGAUGAGAUAAUCGGAGGGUAUCAGAACCGAGACAGGUGUGUCAAGUCAUGGAUCAUCUCCUGUUCGACGAGGAAGCCAUCGGAUUAAUAGACCUUUGAACCCGGGUAGCAAAUCGACGAACAUGGUACUGAGGUUAUUCAGGUCACUGAUGGUCUCCUAAUCUACUCGGAUCGGAUGAAUUAAUGUUCGAUAUGGAUCAGUUAAAAUUACUUUAAAAAGCCCCUACUCAGAUCUUAACUUUCCAGAUGACCAAAGUACCAUGACAUCAAGGUUGUGGACUUGUAUACUGUAUACCAAAGGACCUUGGGAUAAGAAGUUUAUAGAACAAAAAACAAAAACUUGUUGUAGUAGGUAUAGGACUUUUGGGUUUUCUACAAAACGUGCAUGGUAGUAUCGAAACCAGAGAGAGAAGAGAGAGAGAGAAAGAGAGAGAGAGAGAAAGAGAUAGA